AUGAGUACGGAUCAGAACAUCAUGCCUUCCAACCAGGAAGACGGCUCGACGCAGUAUAGCCCGCACCAGCAACAACAACAAUUGCCCUACAUGAAUGUGGGAUUGCAAUACUCACAGCAACAGCAUCCACAACAGCAUCAUCAAUCAGAGCAGCAGCAACAACAGCAGCAACAGCAACAGCAAGUCUACCAGCCAAUGUUGCCCAUGGCCAGGCCUCCAACGGCCAACAACCAGUUGUACUCAGGAUAUCUCCCUCCUGGAUCUGCUCAGCUCCCGAUCCAGUAUCAGCAACCGCUCCAGCAGAUCUCUCAAGUUCAACAACAACGGCUAGACUACACUUUUCCCGAAAAAAUGGACCAUCUUCAGCCAGUCCUUCCGGUGAAGCAGGAGUUUCUGUACCCGGUGUCUCACCAUCGCCAUCAUUCCUCUCAAGCCAGUCAGGGCUGGAUUUCUGCCGGGGCAAGUGGAGUUGCCGGUUUGCAUAAUCGAGCCAACUCGUUUUCGGCUCCAUCCGCAAACGGAUAUUCAGCGACUAGUUCGCCAACUGAUUCCAUGGUCGAAACGCCUGUAUCCCGCGCUGGAAGGCAGGUUAACCGCUACAGGAAGCUACAGAAGGACAAGCGAGUCAACAAUUUUGAAAAAGUCGAGCGCGAGUUGCGAGAACUCACUUUUGAAGCCGCAGGCGUUGCGUAUGAAGAACUUGGAGCAGAGCUUCGAGAAAUAGACGCGCGGUUAGCUGGUUCCGAUAGGCGCCGAAACGGCGAGGAAUCGCUUUCAAAGGAUCGCAAGCGUCAGGUUUUUGGCCUUGUUUUUCUGAUGAGAUCUGUUGAGACGUCCCCGAAGGCAGUUUUGGCUAGAUCAACUCUUUAUGGGUGCUAUGCCUCAUUGUGUUCUGGCCACGGUCUCACGCCCUUAAGUGCGGCUUCCUUUGGAAAACUCGUCAAGGUGUGGUUUCCUCAGGUCACUGCGAGAAGACUGGGAAAUCGGGCUCGUUCCCGGUACCAUUAUUCUGGAAUUCGGUUCGUCGAAGGUUUUGAGGUGGAUGCUCGCUUGGUGGAUUCUGCCAACAACUCUCCUUUGGUUUCGCCCUAUGGAUCUCCAUUUUCGACAACUCCUUCUCACGCUUCGCAUGCUUCACAGGCUCCGCAUACCACUGGUACAGACUCGCCUGGAUCCAGCAUCUCCAUGACCUCUGUAUCCUUGGUAUCAGACUACUCGGGUCAGUCUGAGCUUGUGGGUGCCGAACUCAGCUUCAAACCUGACAUCUUCCGAUCUGAGGAAUUUGACGAUACUGCCCAAUUGCUCGAGUUGCCCUCGAUUUUUGCAUAUUUGCCCAAAGUUGGGGACACAGACUCUGCCAUUGCCCUGGCAGCUCUCUACAAAGCUCAAUGUGUCAACGUUUUCGAUGCUCUUCGUUAUAUGCAGGUAAAGUACCUGUUCAAUUGCAUCAAUACGUUUGUGGUGGGGCUAAACCCAUCGGUUUUCAAGGUGUUAACGAUGGAUGCCUUGGUUCCAUGGGUCGUAGAAUGCGAUCUAGUUCUUUAUCGGGCCAUCAUGAGGAUGCUGGCCAAACUCACACUCCAAAGUGUUCCGCUUCCAGUUUUGAAGCAACUCAAGGCCGUUUCUGCCCGGUUCCCUGAGAAAAUCGGAGCUUUGAACCUUCCUGGAACGUUGCUCCACGCUAAGGUAAGGGUAGCUGUUAGGUUCACGAGACUUGUUUCGCGUCUCGUAAGAGUGGCUGAGGCCAGAGAUACUGCCACAAGGGUAUUGAUGGGCGCACAAGACCGCGAGCUUAUGAUGAAGAACUGGCAGAACUCGGUGGAUUUCACAGAGCUCGUUCUUAAGGAGCUACCUUGUCAGGGUGAAAACUCUAAGAAGGUCAUUGAUCUGUUGAAUGUGGAAGUUCCGGAUCUUUUCCGCGAGGUUGAGCAAUCAUCCAAUGGUUCUACAGUAGAUCCCGAUGCAUUGGCCCAAAAGAUUGGGCUCUUCCUGCUGUCCAUUCCCAAACGAUUCCCUGAUGUGGCCCCAAGACUUAUUCUCUUGUGCACUAGCACGAUCCUAACGGCGGCUUUGCGUGAAAUAUCGCUAGCUGGUGGUGAGGGGUUUGGAGCAUGGUGGGUUUUUCGGUGCUGGAUUGACGAAUGGCUUGGCUGGUGUGCAGAGCUGGGUGGGUUCCUUGAGAUGGUUCCACCCGCGAAUUUUGCCCCGCUUGACAAACGCGACAAGUUUCAACCUAUCACAGUUCCUAGCAGUCGUUCUGGUAAUGCCAGUCCGCUGUAUACCAUGGAUGAGGGCGGAGACGUAGACCUGCUGCAAAAGAAGUACGGUAUGUGA